AUGGAACGAACAACUUUGUGGAUAGUUCUGCUCAUCGGCCUGCAUGUGGCAGCGGCUAAGCCGGCGGGCUAUCCGAGUGCGCGUCCACCUGCAACUUAUGUGCCGGCCAAGCCGCCAGCACCGAAGCCCAAGCCGAAGCCACCGACCCCGAAGCCAACAUACGGAGCACCACCGAAGAAGCCCCCACCAGCACCACCACGCGACAGCUACGGUCCGCCGCCCAGUAAUCCUAAUCAGAAUUAUUUGCCACCUUCGAAUGGAGGCAAUGGCGAUGGUGCCGGUGGCGGCGGAGGAGGUGAAAUUAUACCCAUUAUCAAGCUGGAAUCGAAAGUGAAUACCGAUGGCUCCUAUAUGUACGAAUAUGAAACGGGCAAUGGCAUCAAGGCCGAGGAGAUGGGCUACCUGAAGAAUCCUGGCGUCGAAGGUGCUGAGGCACAGGUGGCCGAGGGCUCCUUCUCCUACAGCAGUCCGGAGGGGGAGAGCAUCUCGCUGACCUACAUAGCCGACGAGAAUGGCUUUCAGCCGCAGGGCGAUCAUCUGCCCACACCGCCGCCCAUACCCAUCGAGAUACAGGAGGCACUCGAUAAGCUGGCCGCCAGUGGAGGCUGUCACGAUUGCGACGACGACGGCGGCGACGCAGCCCCCGGGGGCUAUGUCUAUCGAAAGUAA